GCCUGGUACCUAUGAGAAAGGCCUUCAAUGGUACUUUUAUAGCUGCUGGAGGUUAUGAACGGGAAGAUGGAAUGAAAGCCAUUGCUGAAAACAGAGCUGAUCUUGUUGCUUUUGGUCGUUGGUUCUUGGCUAAUCCAGAUUUGCCAAAGAGAUUUGCUCUCGAUGCUCCUCUCAACAAGUAUCACAGGGAAACAUUCUACACCAGUGAUCCGGUUCUCGGAUACAGUGACUACCCUUUUCUUGACGAGGACUCCAACGGUGUAGCAUCCUAGUAUUUGUAAUACUAAGCUUUAUACGAGGUAACAUUAUGUGAUCCUUGUGGACAAAUAAAAUAUAAAUUCUGUAACUGAAACAAUAUCCCUUCGGUUGCUAUUUGUAGCAUUUCUUAUUAAUGCAGUAACUAAAAGAAAUUCUGUUUUUGUAUUUACAUGUUUUCUUAUCUAAUAAUUGUAAGCAAACAAAAUAUUUGUUCC